AUGUAUUUUACAAAAACUAGCUGUAUUUCUGGGCUCUUGAUCUUGUUCUUAGCUCUUGCAUGUGAAGCUAGGGUUCCAAGAAAUGCUAAUGCAGGGUUUAUAACAGUUAAAGAUGCUCAUUUUGAACUUAAUGGAUCACCUUUUCUAUUCAAUGGUUUCAACUCUUAUUGGUUGAUGCAUGUUGCUGCUGAACCUAGUGAGAGGUACAAAGUCUCUGAGGUUCUUAAAGAUGCAGCCUCUGCUGGUCUUUCUGUUUGUCGCACGUGGGCUUUCAGUGAUGGAGGUGACAGAGCAUUACAAGUAUCAUCUGGUGUUUAUGAUGAACGUGUUUUUCAGGGUUUGGAUUUUGUGAUAUCGGAAGCUAAAAAAUAUGGUGUUCGCUUAAUCUUGAGCUUUGUAAACAACUGGAACGACUUUGGAGGGAAAGCUCAAUAUGUUCAGUGGGCGCGAAAUAUAGGGGCUCAGAUCAAUAGUGACGAUGAUUUCUAUACUCAUCCUACACUCAAAGAUUAUUAUAAGAACCACAUUAAGAAAGUUGUUACAAGGUUCAAUACCAUUACUAGAGUUUCUUACAGAGAUGAUCCAACAAUCAUGGCAUGGGAACUCAUUAAUGAGCCACGUGACCAAGCUGACUAUUCUGGAAAAACUGUUAAUGUUUGGGUUCAAGAAAUGGCAAGUUUUGUAAAGUCACUAGACAACAAACACUUGUUGGAGGUAGGAAUGGAGGGAUUUUAUGGCGAUUCGAUUCCUGAAAGGAAGCAAGUUAAUCCUGGUUAUCAAGUUGGAACAGAUUUCAUCAGUAAUCAUCUUAUCAAUGAGAUUGAUUUUGCCACUAUCCACGCUUACACUGACCAGUG